GAAGGAGGGGGUUAGUGAAGCAGCAACAAUUUGGUUAACAAACGCUAAACUCCUUCCUCCUAUCUGAGAACAAGAGGAAACCCUAUUUCAAAACCUCUACGCUGAAUUUGCAGUGUUUUCCAAUUUUCCAUUCAGAAGAAAUCGAAAAUGGCUCGUAAUGAAGAGAAAGCUCAAUCCAUGCUCAACCGUUUCAUCACCAUGAAAGCGGAAGAGAAGAAGAAACCAAAGGAACGCCGUCCUUUUCUUGCCUCAGAGUGCCGUGACCUCAACGAAGCAGACAAAUGGCGUCAACAGAUUAUGCGUGAAAUCGGUCGUAAAGUCGCCGAGAUCCAAAACGAAGGUCUCGGCGAACACCGACUCCGUGACCUCAAUGACGAAAUCAAUAAACUCAUCCGCGAGAAGGUUCAUUGGGAGCGGCGAAUUGUCGAACUCGGCGGUCCCAAUUACGCUCGACAUUCUGCCAAGAUGACGGAUCUCGACGGAAAUAUUGUAGAUGUACCAAACCCUAGCGGCCGUGGUCCUGGCUACCGAUACUUUGGUGCUGCGAAGAAGCUCCCCGGAGUACGUGAGCUGUUUGAGAAACCUCCGGAGCUUCGCAAACGAAGAACUCGAUAUGACAUCUAUAAACGAAUCAAUGCAGCUUAUUAUGGUUACCGGGACGAUGAGGAUGGUAUUCUUGAACCCCUUGAGGCGGCUGCUGAGAAGGAUAUGCAACGUGAAGCGGACGAAGAGUGGCACCGGCUUGAUAUGAUAAGGAAAGAGGCUAGGAAGGCUGUUCGAAGUGGGGAGGUUGCUGAGGUUACAACUGCUGCUAGGGAGAUACUUCAUGAGGAGGAGGAAGAUGUGGUGGAGGAGGAGAGGAUGAAGGAGAGGGAGAUGAGGGAUAAGUCGGAUAUGAAAGAGAGGGAAUUCAUUGUUCACGUGCCGUUGCCUGAUGAAAAGGAGAUUGAGAAGAUGGUGUUGCAGAAGAAGAAGACGGAUUUGUUGAAUAAGUAUGUUAGUGAUGUUCUCAUGGAGGAGCAGACUGAAGCUAAAGACUUGCUUAACAUUCAUCGCUAGCUAGGUUAAGGUCUGUGUAAUCCACAUACAUUCUUUAUUUCCCAAAGGCUUUCUUGACUAGCACAACGUUAGAAAGUCAUUUAGUAUAUUUUGCUUUGAAGAUAAAGUUGAUGUCCAUAGACCUUGAAACGUUUUGGUUAGUAGCUUCAACCUUCUCCAAGGACUAUCUCUUUCUCUAGUGGGAUAUGUACCAGGCAUCAAGAUUGACAUUCAACUGGUGGAAAACAAUGACCAGAUCAAUAUCAAGCAUCUCAUCAGGGGAUAUGGCAAAAGGAUAUGCAUCAACUCUUAGACAUUCGACCAAUGUUUCCCUUACUCUUGUUGGAAAAUUGGCCUUUAUCUUCACUAAUCGGACAAGGUUGGUGUCGAGUUGGAUGGCCUCAAAUUCAUCGUCUAGAACAAAUCUCUUAUAGUGGAAGUCUGGUAGCUUGAUCACCUCUAAGGGUGACAAGGAUCUUUAGUGGAAGUCCAACGAUGUAAUCACCUCCAAGGGUGGCAAGGAUCUUUCAAUGGAAGCUCAACAAUGCAAUCACCUCCAAGGGCGACAAGGAUCUUCUAGUGGAAGUCCAACAAUGUAAUCACCUCCUAGAGAAGCAAGAACCUUCAAGUGGUAUUCCAACAAUGUAACCACCUUUGAGGACGUCAAUGAUCUUCUAGUGGAAGUCCACUAAUGCAACCACCUCCAAGGGCGACAAGGGUUUUGGAGUGGAAGUCCACCAAUGUAAUCACCUCUAAGGGCAACUGUGAGAAAACUUGCAAGGGGUAGAUUUCGUCAUCAUUUAUACUCACGCAUGACUGUUGGUCAUUAGUAUGCUUUUUUAUUUAGCUAUUAAUAAUAUUGUGGGUUGCUUUCAUUGUAUCUCAUCUCUUACUCAAAGACAUGAGAUCAGUUAUAUCACUUAAUAUGCGAUUUUUUGCACUAUUAAAUACACCAAUAUUAAGUUUCAACA